AUGUCAGACCGACAACUUGUCCUAUGCUUUGAUGGCACAGGAAACACCUUUCGCACGGACGGCACCGACACCAACGUCUUGAGAAUCUGUCGCAUGUUAGAAAAGUCUGACGAGCAAUCGGGAAUCGGCACCGACAUCACCCCGGGAUCCCUGGCCAGCACAACGAUCCAAAAAAAGGGCAGACUGAAUAAUAGCAAAGCGUUAAAUCUUGCACUGGGUCGUUCCUUCGAUCGGCACAUUCUGGGCGGGUACCGCUUCCUCAUGCGGCACUACCAAGCCGGCGCCAAGGUGUACAUUCUCGGCUUCUCACGGGGUGCAUACACGGCGCAGUUCUUGAAUGAGAUGCUCGAUUAUGUCGGACUUCUUGGACCUGAUAAUGAAGAAGUAGUCCCAUUUAUCUGGGAUGCGUUUGUGUCGUGGAAGCUUGGCCGGACGGAUAAUGACAGAGAAGCGAAGCGAAAGGCAUUUCAAGUCAUGAAAGACAGUCGGGAGAUACUAUCACGGCCUAUGGCUCGUGUGCAAUUCUUGGGCAUGUUCGAUGCGGUUAAUAGCAUCGCGGACUUUGAGGUUAAUGUUGACGGGAGCACGUCAGCCAAGGUAGUUCGACAUGCGGUUAGCAUUGACGAACGGCGUAUCAAGUUCCGGCCGGUUUUGCUGCGGUCACAUAAAGAUGAAUGGGCUUGUGGAACAACCUCAGAUGAAAAGAACCCCGCGAAAGGGACCUCGACCAAUGGCUCCGAACACACAUCGGGACCUCCUGUUCUGCCAGAAAUUCCAAACAUCAGCACACCGAGUAAGAAACGGGAGACAGAAUUGGACGACGAUGAAAUGCAGGACAUUGAAGAAAUGUGGUUUCCCGGUGGACACGCAGACAUAGGUGGAGGGUGGAAUCUCGGAUCUAGCGAGGCAUGGCCAUUAACGCACACACCUCUCGUGUGGAUGGUACAAGAAGCGCGACGCGCGGGACUACGACUGGAUCCGAGAAAGCUAAAACAGCACGAGUGUAUUGAGGAAUUCGAUCCUGGCUUUGAUUCGCAAGCUGCCUCGAACUCGAAGAGGGACCUCUGGAGCUCGGAAUUACCGAAAGCCCAUAGGGAGUAUCUAGAGGCGCUUCAUAUAGCCGGCACAAAAGGACAUAUUCAUGAUCUCCUUGCGUAUGGUAACGGUCUACCGUUGACUUCCGUUCUUUCCUGGCGUUUGAUGGAGUAUCUUCCCCUGCGACGGUUGGAACCGCAGCCGGAUGGAGCGUGGAAGGCUGUGCGGUGGCCGCCGCCGCGUGGCCGGACUCGUGAUAUCCCUGUGAAUGCCCGAAUUCAUGUUUCUGCUAUCCAGCGUAUGAAGUCAGACCCGUCUUACCGUCCUAAUAAUUUGAUCUUUGGUUCCUCGGGGCUGGAGGGAGAUAUGGGUGGCGCUAUCGGAAUUGGGAAUUGGGCUGUCCACUCGCAUGAAGGUGAUCCAGUGAGGGAGAGGUAUGUUCGUAGGUAG